ACAAAUCUUCCCCUGGAAGCCUCCCUGGUUCCUCCGACUCACUUUCCCAUCGCACGCAAUAUAAGUGGCUCUAGUCAAUAGGGUUUCAAAAUCCCCGCCAUUUUCUUACGCAUUCUCUCUUCUCUCCUCCAUGGCUAUAGAAGACGAGAACCAAGCAAACAAGCCGAGUCCAAGUCCAGUCUCGCAGUCAAGCACCUCGCAUCCUACACCUCGUCCAAAUCCCGAUGGUAUGUCGCCAAAGCCGUUGAGCCCAAAGGAGUUCAUCCUCUCAGUGGCCUCUAACAUAUCUUCUCAACCUCUCACUAACCCGGACCCCAAUGUUUGGGGUGUUCUCACUGCUAUUUCCAACAAUGCCCGCAAGCGCCACCAGGGUAUCAAUAUGCUUUUGACUGGGGAUGAGCAUUGCAUUGGCAGAUUGGUGGAGGAUAUGCGUUUUCAAAUUGAGUCAACUGCAGUCAGUGGAAAACACUGCAAAAUAUAUCGGAAAAAUCUCACUGUUGAAGAUGUGGAGCAUCCAUCUAACUUUCAUACAUCUGUCUUCUUGAAAGAUACAAGUACAAAUGGAACAUUUCUUAAUUGGAAGAAAUUGAAUAAGAGUAACCCUGAGUUGAAACUCAAGCAUGGAGAUAUUAUAUCAUUUGCUGCUCCUCCUCAGCAUGAACUUGCAUUUGCAUUUGUAUAUCGAGAAGUUCUUAGGUCUACUCCCUUGAUGGAAGGUGCAGUGGCAAAGAGAAAAUCAGAGGAGAUUGUUUCAGAAAACAAAAGACUAAAAGGUAUAGGGAUUGGUGCUCCUGAGGGUCCUAUAUCUCUUGAUGAUUUUCGAAGCCUUCAACGUUCAAACACGGAAUUGAGGAAGCAGUUGGAAAGUCAAGUCCUUGCGAUUGAUACAUUGCGCAAUGAACAUCGAGCAACUAUUGAACAUCAUGAUAGUGAGUUGAAAGGGAUGAAGGAGUCUGUCACAAAAUCAUACCUUGAUCAACUCAAGGAGUUGCAAAAUAUGUUAGAUGUUAAACAGAAAGAGAUGGUGGAAGUUAACAGAAUAUCAGCUGAGCAAAAGCAUGCCUUGGAAGACCUUAAUGAAAGACUUGCUGCUUCCAGGCAGUCAUGCAUUGAAGCAAAUGAAAUAAUUAAGAGUCACAAGGUAUCUAUAUCUGAACUCGAGACACAAUUAGAAGAAGAGCGAGAUCAGAGAAGAGAAGAACGACAAAAGGCUGUUGCUGAUUUAAAGGCAGCAUUGCAGAGAGUUCAGUCUGAGGCACAGGAGGAAAUUAAACGACAGUCUGAUGCUGCCUCUCAACGUGAGAGAGAACUGCAAGAGGAAAUUAAUAAGCUUCAGGAAAGGGAGAAGAAAUGGUGUUCACAAGUCGAAACCUUGAGGCCCAAAUUGGAGGAAGCUAGGCAAAAGUUGGUUAUCUCUGAUAAUAAAGUUCGCCAGCUAGAAGCUCAAGUCGUUGAAGAGCAACUGGCCUCUGCAAGUGGAAGAAAAAGGGUUGAAGAACUUGAGCAAGAAAUGAAACAAUUGAGGAAAGAGCUUGACAGGGAAAAGCAGGCAGCGCGAGAAGAAGCAUGGGCUAAAGUUUCUGCCCUUGAACUUGAGAUAAAUGCCACAGUGCGGGAUCUUGAAUUUGAGAGACGGAGGCUAAAAGGUGCUAGGGAAAGAAUAAUGCUUAGGGAGACACAGCUACGGGCAUUUUAUUCCACAACUGAAGAAAUAUCAGUACUGUUUGCCAAGCAGCAAGAACAAUUGAAGGCAAUGCAGAAGACUUUGGAAGAUGAGGAAAAUUAUGAGAACACAUCUGUGGAUAUUGACCUGAAUCUACCUGUUGAGAACAUGAACGGCUCCUUUGUCAGAGAAAAAGAAAUGAAUGGGUAUCAAAGCAACAGUGGUGCAAAGGCUGGCUCUGCUAGUUCAGCUCAGAGAUUUGAUAGAAAUCAGGCUGUUUCUUCAGGUGAAGCAAGUGUCACUGAAAAGCAUGAGUGUGAUAUCAGAAGUCAAGGAGAAGGUGAAAAUAUGCAGGAGGAAGAAUUCACAAGUGCCAAUCGUCAUGCUAAUGGUGGCUUUGGUUCUGAGAUUGAUGGUGUUGGUACGGCACCUGUCCUGGAAGGAAAUGCAAUUGGAACGGAGCGAGUUCUGGAAACAGAAAGCCCUGGAAUAGAUGGUGAUCGGGAUGUUGAUAUGAACAAGUGUGGCUCAUUAGCUGGGGACACUAUGCAACUUGAUGAUGAAAUCCAUGUACAUGAUAGUGAUGAGCGUGUUCCAACAACUUCUCAGGUUGCUUUACAUACCUCACAAUCAGAUAAUCCCCUUGAGAAUCAGAAAGCCAUGGAUGAUACAGAACCAGGAGGCACAAUCAGAACAGCUGAUCUUUUAGCUUCUGAAGUUGCUGGGAGCUGGGCUCACAGCACUGCUCCUUCUGUCCAUGGUGAGAAUGAAUCUCCUACAAGUGGAGACGAUGAUGAGAGAGUUGGUGCAGGGCUUCAUGACUCUAAUGGUCUGGUGGCCGAGAGUCAAAGUACACCAACUUCUGCAGCUGCAGCUGGCAGACACAGUCAUCAACAUUUGGCAACAACUAAGAUGAGUGGAAUUAUUGCAUUAAGUGAGAUGAUUGGAAUUGUUGCUCCUGAAAUGAAGGAGCAGUUUGGUGCCAUGGAUAAUGAUUGUGAUGGAGGGAGGGAAAAACAGGGUUCUACCUCAAACUCUGAUAGUGAGGGUUGCACCGACAGUGAUGAUCAUGACCGAGAAUGUGCCAAAGGUAAAUCAAUUUCAGAUGAUGAAACCGAGGGUAGUGACCAACCUGAUGAGGAUCAAAAACACUAUGCCAUGGAUGAAGAUGAAGAUACACAGGAAGAUUCUCUUCAAUAACAGGUCUGUUAAUACAAGAUGUAAAAAUAACGUUAGGUAUCCUCUUUUCGCAUCUUCUCCACCACAAUCACCACCUCAAAAGAUUGGGGGAAAACUGUUAUGUUCUCUUCCUUGUACUAUUUACUUCUAGUGUAUAUACAACUGCCUUCUUUUUGGGAAACAGUUGCAGCAAAAUUUGGAAGUCAGCAAAGCAAGCAGCCUUAUGUUAGGAGGGGGAUAGAUCUAAGGAUGUACAUGCUGUAGCGGAUGAUUAUUUAGGAAUGUAAGAUAGUUUUCUUUGGGUAAUUAGAAACCUUUUGUCCUGAAACGGUCCAGAGAUUGAAUGUAGUUUUUCAUUUGAUUUUGCCUCA